AUGACAAUACCCCUCCUUAUCACCCAACAAGUCCUCUCGGCCUUCACGAACAACCUCGGUGCGACAAACGGCCAUAGCCCACCCCUCUGCCCAACCAAUUCCUCAACCUCGACAACUCCCACCAAUGCGACGAUGCAUACUCCACAUCUACAGGGGCUCCCAUCGGACUUUCCAAGCCUGAUCAGCAUAUUCAUCUCCUUUUCUGCCCUGCGACAGUCGAUCAAGGUCCUCCUGCUGGGUGGGUUGGUAGACAUCUUCAGACGAUUGGUGGUGCAUUUGUAUCGUACGAUUUAUCGUUCGUUCUUCAUAACUGGGUCGUUCAUUACGAACGAUUACGAGGCAUAUUCCUGGAUUGACAGUUGGUUGAGGCAGCAAAAACCUUGGAAACUGGCGCACGAUAUUCAUAUCUCGGUCGACCCCACCAGUGAUGAAACCGACAUCAACUAUGCGUUCUCUUUCGGCCAACCGAAAGGUCCUAGCAUCUGGGACAAGGUCUCAAUUUAUCCGACAACAACUGAGGGUAUUUCUCUGUGGUAUAAAAGGCACUGGGUGUGGGUGGACCGUAUUGUGGAGACAGAUAGCCAGGGCGUCGAGAGCUCGAGAAUCCUCAAUUUAACAAUACUCGCCUGGAGCCGCAAGGUCCUCGACUGUCUGAUGUUAGACGCGAAAAAGGCACAUCGGCUGAACGAACAUCGGGGCAUUUGCGUCUACGCUGCGAAGUUCAAAUACAGUGAAUAUCAGUGGUGGCACAUGGCCUGUCGCGCGAAGCGGUCGCUGCAAUCGAUUGUGUUGGAUCCUGGAGUCAAAGACACGUUGCUGGAGGACGCCAGGGACUUCCUGGCUAGCAAGCAAUGGUACGACUCUCGUGGAAUCCCUUUCAGGCGUGGUUAUUUAUUGUACGGCGCUCCAGGAUCCGGGAAGUCGAGCUUAAUCCAUAGCAUAGCCGGAGAGCUCAAACUCAACGUCUAUGUGAUGUCUCUCUCUGGUGUUGGCUUGGAUGAUGAUGCGCUCAGAGAACUGGUCUCCAGCCUUCCCACCCGGUGCAUCCUCCUCAUGGAAGAUAUUGACGUCGCCCUCAGCAACCCGUUCAACCGCGACCCAAAGAAGAAAGAUGGCAAGUCUUCUCCCAGCACCACUACAUCCAUGCCUGCUCCGCCGGCCUUACCCAGAAGUCGCGUCACCUUAAGCGGCCUCCUCAAUGCUCUGGACGGAAUCGCUGCCGCGGAAGGUCGCCUCCUGUUCGCGACGACAAAUAAAUACGAUGCACUCGACCCCGCACUAUGCCGGCCUGGCAGGAUGGACUUGCAUAUUGAGUUCAAGUUGGCGAGCCGGUACCAGGCCGCGCAGUUUUUCAAAUACUUCUUUUCGCCAGAAGGCCACCAAAAGAAGGAGGAAUCUGGCGUCUGUGCAAAGACAUCAGGGAAAGCCGAUGAUACAUCUUCGACCAUCCUCACCUCACAGGUUGUCACAGUGGGCGGUGUCCGACAUCGACACGACUUACCUGACCUCUCCUCGACGGAGCUUUCGUUGCUCGCGGAUCUGUUCUCCGAGGCAGUGCCGGAACGCGAGUUCUCCAUGGCGAGUCUUCAGGGAUACUUGAUGCGCUACAAGGCCGACCCACAUGGCGCUGUGGCAGGAAUCGCGGAGUGGGCAUCGAAGGAGAAGGGGCGGAGAGAACAGUAA